AUGCUCGCUCAACGGUACCGACUCUUCACACGGACAGGACAUGCUCUCCUUUCUCGGCCAGCGGGGCAGCCAUUGAGAUGGAAUGCGAAUGCCGUCUGCCGCAAUUGUCGGUUUACUACUCAACAAAGUUCGCCACCAACAACUACCCUGGGCGAAGCCUCCCCGACAACCCGCGUCCGCUUUGCACCCUCGCCUACAGGAUACCUUCACCUCGGAGGUCUUCGCACAGCACUCUACAACUCAUUGCUUGCUCGCCAGGAUGGUGGAAAAUGCAUUCUUCGUAUUGAGGAUACCGAUCAGACGCGAUAUGUCCCCGGAGCAACAGAGAGUCUUAUCAGGGCACUGGAUUGGGCUGGCGUCAAGUUUGAUGAAGGUCCUGGUAUUGGAGGGCCUCACGAGCCAUAUCAACAAUCCAAACGCCUUGAACUGUAUAAGAAACACGCAGAAACCCUUGUCGAACACGAUCAUGCUUAUCGCUGCUUUUGUUCGCCGGAACGCCUCUCCUUGGUUCGCCUUGAGGCACAAAAGUCGGGAAGAACGGCGUCCUACGACCGCAAGUGCUCUAACCUAAGCAAACAGGAAUCACAGGAACGUGCAGAAAAGGGAGAAUCAUAUGUCAUCAGGAUGAAGAUCCCGGAUGGAAAGACGGUUGUUCACGACAAGGUUCAUGGGAAAGUCGAGUUCAUGAACAAGGAGGUUGACGACUCGGUUUUGAUGAAAAGCGAUGGCUUCCCGACUUAUCACCUCGCCAAUGUGGUAGACGACCAUCUCAUGGGCAUCACACAUGUCAUCCGCGGCCAAGAAUGGCUCCCGUCAGCACCGAAGCACGUUAUUCUGUACAACAUGUUCGGAUGGAAGGAACCCUCGUUCGCCCAUGUGCCCUUAUUGCUCAACCCGGACAAGUCCAAGUUGUCGAAGCGAUCAGGAGAUGUCAACGUCGAGGACUACAGGGACAAGGGUUACUUCCCUGAGGCGGUCGUUAACUUUGUCGCGCUUCUCGGCUGGCACCCGGGCUCGACUGAGGAGAUCUUCGACUUGGAUGGGUUGACGAAAGCUUUCUCGCUAAAGAACAUUCAGCAGUCGAACGCUGUGGUGUUGCGGGAAAAGCUGGAUUGGAUCAACAAAAUGCAUCUUAAUCGGAGAGCAGAGACUAAGGAGGGACUGCUGGACAUGGCAGCUAUGGUUCGCCCCAAGAUUGAGGCCGAUCUAGGACCAUUGGAGAAGGAGCACACUGACGAGUAUAUUGGACAAGUCAUUGAUACUUUGAAAGAGCGGAUCAAGAAUGUCUACGACGUUCCUACAUUGUGCGGAUACUACUUCAAGAACCCAACAUACACCUCCGAAGAAUCUGUUGCUUACUUAUCUAAGGUCGGGACUGACACGCUCUUGAAAGUGCUUCCCAAGGCGUUGUCUGAGCUCAAGUCUAAGAGCGAUAUGCCAUUAGAGAAGGAGGAGGCCAAGCAGAUCCUCAAGGACACUGCGGACGAACACAAGUUGAAACUGCCUGUUGUCAUGAACGCCCUCAGAUACACUGUCUCAGGUGUUAAGGUCGGCGCUGGAGUUCCGGAGACCCUGUCUACGCUAGGUCGCAAGUGUGUGGUUGACCGGAUCGAACGCGUUCUGGAGCGGUGCAAGGCCUAG